AUGCCCAACUGCCCCGAGGUCGGUCAGCUUUCAAGUCGGAGGCGUAAGCUGUCUUGCUUAAAAGACCCAAAAUUCUCUCAACCCGGAUUUUCGGGCAGCUCCUCCGUUCAAAUGGCCAUGCGAUGCCAUGCAGGACGGGGAAAUGCAUCGCCGUCGGAGGUGGAAAGUGCACAGGGUUGUACGACAGGAGAGAUGAAACGACGAGCCCUCCACUCCCCACUGAGAAGAUCUGCCAGCCGUGGCUGCGGUAUGGCCCUCACCUGCAGGAUAAUCUUUCCUGCAAGUCGUGACCGAGGAAAAGCAAGCUGGAAUGAGCUCCGCGAUGGUGAAGUCUGCAGAUGGAGAUACAAGGUAAUUGAGGGCAGAAGCCGACUUGUAUCUUGGCAUGCAGUGCCAUCCAGUCCACUCUUGAAUUCAACCGUCGAACUUGGUGAUUUGGAAGUGGCAAGUAAUUGGAAUAGCCGACUUGGAGCCUUUGUCAUUCUCCAACCCGAAAGGCAUUUCAAGUAUGUCACCACAUUUGCUUGGCAGUACGGGUCUGAACCUUUGCAAUACUACGUAACACCGUCCUUGUCGGGGGCCUUAUAUGUGGGUGUCUUAUGUAACUCUUGCGACUACAAUUCGAUAGUCAAGAAGUCGGUGGCUGGAAGUAUUGCUUUCAAGCCUCGAGGGCUGUCAAUAAGUGCUUCGCUGAAGCAAGUGUCUUCGUCAUUAUAUCUGUUGUACAAGUCUUCGUGUUCUGGUCUCUCUCAGUUUCGCCUUUUUCUUUUUGCACCUGCUGGUAUCGUUAUGCUCUCUUUCCAUGGUCUUUCCGGCAGCUGUGUUUCCGUUGUUGGCUUCACUUGCAUUUCGCAGAGGGCAAGACGGUUUCCAAAAGCCGGCCAACGAGAUAACUAUACGAUGCCAUUCAUUUCCUCCCUCUGCAGUCUACAAGCUUCCCCGAAAUCUCUCCAAUCUUUCUGCUCUAUCCAAAUCGAAUUCAGGAAUCUCACCACGAGCCUUGGCGGGUCCAUCCUGUUCAACCGACCCCCCACUACAGCCCACCACCAUCGGUACCUUAUACUCAGCUCAUUUCGGCUUUUCUUCUUCUCCACGUCUAUGAUUUUCGAUCCGAGGAAAUUCAGAUCAUAUAUGGGUAUAUCUACAAGUCAUCCGGCAGAUCCAGAUACGCCUAAUAGGGCCAAAGUAAUGAACCAUUGCGUUCUCUUGGGCUACGCUGGGUGGGGGUACGGCCUUGGGCGCUGCAGCUUGAGAGGAUUAUAUACCGGACUGGAGGGGGCGUACGGUGCGCGAAUCCUGCGAUUCUACAAAGCUGCGUCCUUCUAUGUCCACGAUACUGUCCUUGUCGACGCAAUCCCGAACAUCGAAAACCGCAACGUCUACAUAUACUUGGCAAUCCAACCGCCAGUCGGUACAACACCUCAAAAGAUGUCCAUGAUCAAGUCCAACGGCAGCUCCAGCACCGUCGAGAGCCGCAAGUUCCAUAACUUCAUCGGCCCAGUCCAACGCCAACACCUACUCCCUCAAACCUCGACCCCUACUGGGGCCUCCCAACCCGCCGCCGCCGCCGCCGCCGGCUCCGGAGUCGAGUUUUCAGGCCUCUCCUUCAACAACUGGAAUGACACCGCGGCCAACGGCGUCCCGGCGCGGCCCCAUCAAGAUCACCCAUCUGCCCCGCCGCCAAACCCUACCCCGACACAAACAGCAUCACCACCAACUUCGCCCUGCCACACAGCUCGAAGAGAGCCAGCUCUGAGCGCAGCGGGAAGUACGCACGCCGCCCGCCGCACGCCGCCCGCACGCAGACGGCGACCACUGCUCCGUGAGUCUUUCCCGGAGCCUCUGCAUCUCGCCAUCGUAAAGCCCAAGCGCAGAAGACCAAGCAAGAGGAGGUACGAUCCUCGCUGCUCCUCUACCAGAUUGAGGCGAAAGGAGGGGCUGGGUAUUCCGCGGCUAGCCAACGGUGCCGAAAGCAUGAUCUUGACUGCGACUCUAGCACCUCAGAGGGGAUUUCCGAUCCUGACUUUCACGAGUGUGCCGACUACUACUUUCUUCUUCCCCCGGAGCGAGCGACGACUGCUGCGAAGCAAGCAAGCUGCCGGGAGCCAGCAGCCAGUAGUGAGUAGGCUUGAGUUGGAACGACUUUUAAUGACCUCGGGUGCGGAUAAAUGUGAACUGGUUCAAAAUCGCAUUACACUGGGUUUCGCUGCAUGGACCCAUGGACUCAAAGCACAUUACAAUGUAGCAGCUGGGCACCAUUCGCAGCAAUCCUUUUCUUUCCGUUUCGCUUCAUAA